GACUCCCUGAAUGUGAUUCUCGCGAGAGAGGGAGCGGAAGAUGGCAGAUGGCUCUGACUCGUAGGGUGUGUGAGUGUGUGUGUAUUGGUUGUUCGCUGUUCAGCGCGUCGAAUUCUUGUCCGUGUCCGUUAAAUCACCGGAGCGUGUUCAUGUUGUGCGAGCUGCUGUGUGUGUGAAUAUGACGGGAGAGAAGAUCCGCUCGGUCCGCCGAGAGCGCAAGGCGGGUCUGGAUCUACUGGAGCCGGACGAAGAGGCGGCGGACACCGGGCCCGUCAAAGCCAACAAGAGCAACAAGAUCAACCACAAGAUCAUCCGAUCAAGCUCACAGCAAAACCAGAACCACAGCGACCCGGAGAGUGUGUAUCCCGUGCAUGAGUGUGUGUUCAGGGGAGACGUGCGGAGACUGUCAUCGCUCAUCCGAACACAGAACAUCACGCAGAAAGACGUGCACGGUAACACACCUCUCCAUCUGGCUGUAAUGAUGGGUCAUAAAGAAUGUGCUCAUCUCCUGCUGGCCCAUAAUGCACCAGUGAAGGUGAAGAACGCUCAGGGAUGGAGUCCGCUUGCCGAGGCCAUCAGUUACGGAGACAGACAGAUGAUCACAGCUCUUCUACGGAAGCUGAAACAGCAGUCGCGAGAAAGCGUGGAGGACAAAAGACCACGUCUGCUUAAAGCACUGAAAGAGCUUGGAGAUUUUUAUUUGGAGCUUCACUGGGAUUUUCAAAGCUGGGUGCCUUUACUGUCACGGAUUUUGCCCUCUGACACCUGCAAGAUCUACAAACAGGGUAUUAAUAUCCGUUUGGACACUACACUAAUUGAUUUCACGGAUAUGAAGUGUCAGCGAGGAGACCUGAGCUUCAUCUUCAGCGGCGAUGCUGUUCCCUCACAGUCCUUCGUAGUUCUAGACAACGAACAGAAGGUUUAUCAGAGGAUACAUCACGAGGAAUCGGAGAUGGAGACAGAGGAAGAGGUGGAUAUCUUAAUGAGCAGUGAUGUUUACUCCGCAACAUUGUCCACUAAAUCCAUCACCUUCUCACGGGCGCAGACGGGCUGGCUCUUCCGAGAGGACAAAACGGAACGGGUGGGGAAUUUCCUGGCGGAUUUCUACAUGGUGAACGGUUUGGUUCUGGAGUCCAGGAAGAGACGAGAGCACUUGAGUGAAGAGGACAUUCUGAGGAACAAGGCCAUCAUGGAGAGUUUCAGUAAAGGAGGAAACCUCAUCGAGCAGAACUUUGAGCCGGUGAGACGUCAGUCGCUGACCCCUCCAUCUCCAAACACUAUCUCCUGGGAGGAGUACAUCACCGCAGAGACGGGAAAAGCUCCUCAUCUCGGCCGAGAACUCGUGUGCAAAGAGAGUAAGAAGAGCUUCAAAGCAACAGUAGCCAUGAGCCAGGACUUUCCGCUGGGCAUUGAGUCGUUGUUAAAUGUUUUGGAGGUGAUCGCGCCUUUCAAGCACUUUAAUAAACUCAGAGAAUUUGUUCAAAUGAAACUCCCACCUGGAUUCCCUGUCAAAUUAGACAUCCCUGUGUUCCCCACCAUCACGGCCACCGUGACCUUUCAGGAGUUCCGUUACGAUGAGUUCGACAAGUCCAUUUUUACGAUUCCUAGUGACUAUAAAGAGGAUCCCAGCCGUUUCCCAGACCUCUGAGCUGCUGUGUCCCACCAUCUCCAUCUUUCCAACACCUCCCUUUGGUUACUUUUGAGUCAAAUAUAAAUUAUGAGACAUCUGCAGAUUGAAACGAACAAGUUUCAUUUAGGAACUACUUUACAUAAUAUGGACAUAAAGGGAUCGUGAACUGACAUGCAGAGUGUUUAACACCGAUAAUGGAACCAGUCAAAGCGCUCUCAGAUACACAGGUGCACUACGUUUUAAAGCUACGUGUUGAGUUCUACACCUUGAGUGGUUCGAGUUUAAAACACAACGCCUUGGACGUCCGAGCCUUCUGGAAAUAUGGCAUUAUAAGUUAUGACGUGAGCCUCUCUUUAUAUCUUUGUAAAACUGUUACUAACACUUACAGGACACGUAUCUAUUUAGGAAAGAAGUGGAAGGCGUCUGUAUAUGAUUUGAACUGUAUGAAAGCUGUCACAGAAUACAAUGUAUAUGUCAUUUCUACAAAUAAGAGAAGCCUUUCUUUGUGCAAGUUGUAAAUAGCAUUUCUUUUCCCAGUUCUUUUGCUUAUGGUAGCAGUGAAUCACAUUUUGUUACUCAGAUCUGUUUAUGCUUUCUCACAUCCUAAUAACUAAUGUUUUUGAACAGGGAGGACCUUACAGGGCCAGAAUGUAAUGUAGCAUAUAUGUUUAGAUGGAUGGAAAUAUAUUAAAAUGUCAUGAAAACAUUCUCCACAUUGACAUGUAUAACUGACACGUAUGUUCACUGAGAUAUUCGUGUAAAAAUGUUUCCAGAAACGUUUAGUAAUGGCGCUGGGGAAAUCUUUGAGUGUUUUGUUUUCGCUGAAUGAAUGUGAUCUUACGUCUACUUCACACCAGCGGGAUCCUGUUGGAGAAUCGACCAUUUUAUGUUCCUUGUGUUUUGUUUUUCCUCUUCAGAAUCGAAACACACUGCAACACUUCCAUGUCCCACUACUGGCUAGUGUGGAAAACUCAUGUGUUUGAUUUCUUUUUAUUUUAUUUUUACACUUUUCCUGUGUCCAGUGUCUUUGUUUUUUAAUUUUGCUUUAUGCCUUGAAAACUCCUCAGAUUUUCUCAGAACUGCAUUGACCUCCCUGUUGUACAGCGGGAACCUUGUAUGAACCUGCUAGACUUUUACAUGACAAAUUGUAAUUAAUAAAAUGUCCAUGUAUUAAAUGA